AUGGAGCCAAACUUGACUACAAAUGACACAAAGUACGAAGUGUUGCAAGAGGGGCGGCCGUGCUUCAUCUCUGAAUUUCCACGCUCUGUCCAAUCCCAAUUUAGUUAUUACUCCAGCUUGGUGCUUACCUUUGCCACAACCAUGUUAGGUUUGUGGUGUUUCCUGUCAAACGGGUUGGUCCUGGUCACAAUUCUGAGGGGUGGACUUCGAUUCCGCCCAGGGUUUCUGUAUCUUUGCAGCUUGACGUUGACUGACGUUCUGUGGGGUGGGGUAGUAACACCGUUGUACAUUAAAUUCAGAAUUACGGAGCUGAUCGCCGGUGAAGCGUGUUUCAAUCGCAGUGAUUGGGACUCGCCUGUCAUGGUGCUUUCUUUCUUUUUAUGCCUUUUUGCUAUGGUGGGAACCCUUCGAGUCAUGAGUGUGGAUAGAUAUUUAGCCGUCAUUAAACCAUGGUGGUACAAAGCUGCCAUAAAGAUGCAAUACGCCAUUACUGCUUCUUUUGCGGUGUGGGUGACGUCCACUUUUUUAGUUGUUCUGAGGCAGGUGAAGUUGUUUCCUAGGAGGGCUGUUGAGACAUUUGAAGGCGGAUACAUCAUUUGCUUCUCCGCGAUUGUAAUUGCCAUCCAGUUGUGUACUCUGGCUGCUCUCCGCAAGCACAACAAUGCC